ACAAAAUGUCAGAUAUAUUGUCAAUAACAUGAUUUAACAUUGCGAUGUUUACCCAAAGAAUAAUAUAAGUAUAGUGGAAUGAUUACCAAAUCGAAGAGUAUAUAAGUAGUACCAAAUAAACAAACUCCUCAAGUCCUCAAGUGCAGUACAAGAGAUUAUGCUUUAAAUUGUAAAGUGGUCAACAAACCCCCCUUUUGGGGCGAUGUUGGUCGGUGUGGUGUUGUGCCUAUUGGCCAGGGUGCCUGAACAGCUGGCCAGGGAAGAUGAAGAGUAUGAUGCUUACGAUUUCUACGGUAAUAGCGUUGAAGAAACUGCAGUUCCCUCGACAGCGUUUCAAGAUGAAGGUCGGAUAAAAAGGAAUAAAGGAGCAGAUGAUAUGCGAAGCCAAUACGAGAGUAUCGAUGAGAAGGCAGAGACAGAUAAUCUACUCGUACGUCCUUUGCGAACAGAAAGCCAAGAAUCUUUGGAAAAACAAUCAACUCACAAAGAAUAUACCGACAUUUAUGAAUACAUCGACAGAACGGAUAACACACAGGACUGGCAAACAGUAGACAAUGGAGACACGACGUUACAAGGGUACCUCACUGAGGUCACCCGUCAGAAUUGGAAACCUUAUACAGCUCAAAAGUGGCAACCUGAAGCUAAAGACGCAACUCCAGCAACAGCUUCCACAAUCCAGCAACAGACUCCAACCAUUGAUGUCAUGCUCCGGAACACUGAUGUACUACAGCCCUCUACCCUAAUAGAGACUAUCCACCAGAGUCACUCCACAGACUGUGUGGAACGAUGGAAGCAUAUCUGGCCUGAUGGUGGUAGCCCCUAUUCUACCAAUGUCAAUAAAUGGGACGCACACGCUCACCGUAUUCCCAACAAGUGGUUGUCUAACCAUGUGAUUCACGAAAAUGUUGUGACACCAGAUGAUAGCAGCAAAUGGCCGCCGACUCGAUGGUCACCGCUUGAAGACCAACGUUGGCGCUCUAGUGAGGAUGAUAAUAGACUAAAGGUACACACAACUGUGAAAUACAACGAGGAAGACAUCGCGAUGGAAGUGCGAAAGAUGAUACAACACUGGAACCCAGACUCCACUGAAGAUGGUCAAAGUUUAAGCUCCACAGACGGUGACCAAACUUGGAAUACUGAUUUGGACUUCCAACACUGGAUGGCCAAUUUGGAUUCUCUAACUUUGAGAACCAUUCGUUGGCAGCUAACACCUCACACCAAACAUUGGGUGACCAGUGUUGGCCAACAUUGGAACACAUAUCAAGGAAGAAAGUUCGGUUUUACUGUUCCGGAUAACGUAAAAGUUCCGGAUGGCGUGACAGUCCCAGAUGGCAUAACUAUUCCGGAUAAUAUAACUAUUCCGGAUAACAUAACUAUUCCGGAUAAUAUAACUUUUCCGGACAACAUAACUAUAAACGAGAAUACAACAAUUCCGGAUAGCAUCGUGUUACUAAACUUCACAGGAUUGAUCCCGGUGACUACGGUCAGUACUAUGGAUAAGAAAGAAGAAAGCAAGCCUAAGAAGUCUUCUCGCCUCGACAUAAAGGCGAUUCUUGAAAUCCUAGCGAAUCUCACGGACGACUACGAGUGGAACCUCACCGAGGAAUUCAACAAGACGCUGAUAGAGUCCGGUGUCCCGCUGUGUCCCACGCCCACCGAGCCGCCCACCACCACCACCUUGCCCGAAAUCUACGACUUCUCCAAGUCCCCCGUCGUCAGCAAGUGCUUCGUCUGCGGGCUGACCACCACGGAGAUCCCGCGCAGCGCGCACUGUGCUGACGCGUUCGGCGGAGACUUCCUGCCGCUGGCGCCCGUCGACGCCCGCUCCCGGAGCCACAUCGCCUCCUUCAGGAAGUAUUGCCGGCGCAUGGACGUCCACAACUUCGUGGAGAACCCGCGGGAGCCGCGCUCCAUCUACGGGCGGUUCACCGGCGGCUGCGCAGUCCGCUGGACGGACCUGUCGGGCGUGUACACGCAGCGCACCUGCCGCGCCAAGUUCCGGCCGCUGCUGGGCAGGCACUUCGGCAGCAAGCGGCUGGCCAAGCUGGAGCUGGCGCUCGUAAACGUGAAGAACGGCUGCAUCGCCAGCCCGAUGGCGACGCUGCUGCCGCUGUCGCGCGGCAUCUCGCUGUACGCGCGCUUCCACGCGUGCGUCUGCACGGGCAACUGGUGCAACCUGGCGCCGCCGCUGCACGUGUUGUGUUUUGUGUUCGUGCCUGUUCUGUGUUUGUUUUGGUUUCAGUUUUCAAGUGGUUUUGUUGCCAAUUAUUCCUGUGUUUUAUUUUACAGAAGUAUAUAUGUAGCUAUAUCAAUCAUGUCAACAAUAUGUAGUCUUAAUGUUUCGUGUUAA